AUGGGUACUGGUCGCACUACUGCAGACAUGCUUAGUGGGAUAAACAAAUAUUAAGGCCCUCACAGUACUAGACAUUAGAAAAACAUCAAGAUUGUAAUAGAUAACAAUCAUACUUUUGUUAUUAAUGUUCCCGACAAAAUACCAAUUAUCGAAGAUGACCAUUCUUGCGGAAUCAAUUCAAGUGGCAAUCAGGGCUUGGAAUAACCGACUUGUGCUUGGUUGAUAGAAUAAGUCCAAAGAAGAUAUGCACAACUUAUCAAAGAUCAGAGAAAAAAUACUAAGUCUAAGACUAAGUUCAGAUAAAAAAUUAUAGUCGCAGUAAAAACAGUAGAUAAAAAUGAGAACAUUGAUUUCUGGUUGACUCAGUAUUAAAGAAUCUUAAAGCCACUGCCAAAUAACCUAAUGCUUGAGCCUCAUUACACCAAGAUCGUCAUUAAUAAAAAGAGAGCGGUUAUGACGAAUGACUUCAAAUUACUAAAAGUAAUAGGCAAGGGGGGUUUCUCAAAGGUCUACAUGGUUAGAAAGAAGGACACAGGCUUUAUCUAUGCGAUGAAAGUUAUGAAAAAAGAUUAAGUGACAAGUGAUUCUAAGCUUAAGCAGAUAAUGAACGAGAGAACUAUUAUGGAGGAGCUGAAUGAUCACCCCUUUGUAGUUAAGUUACACUAUGCCUUUCAAUCUAAGGAAAAUUUGCAUUUUAUCAUUGACUUCUGCACUGGAGGCGAGAUGUUCUAUCAUCUACAGCAAAAGGGGAGAUUCCCAGAGUUUCUGGCUAAGUUUUACUUCGCAGAGAUACUACUAGGAAUUGACUACUUGCAUUCAAAGAAUAUUGUGUACCGUGACCUGAAACCUGAAAAUGUACUCAUAGAUGUUGACGGUCAUAUUAAACUUGCAGAUUUCGGCCUAUCCAAAAUUCUCAAAACUGAUGAGAGGAGCUUCUCGUUUUGCGGAUCUCCUGAGUAUAUGUGUCCAGAGAUACUCAAAAGAGAAGGCCAUAAUCAUAUGGUAGAUUAUUAUACUCUGGGAGCUAUUUUAUAUGAAAUGCUUACUGGUUUACCUCCAUACUAUACAAAUAAUAAAGAUGAAAUGAAAAGACGUAUCUUAGAGUCAGAGCUCUCGUUUCCUUCACAUAUGAACAGUGAAGUAGUCUCACUGAUAUCUUCACUUCUUGAACGAAAUCCAAGCAAGAGGCUCGGAUGUAAGAGAGGUGUAGAAGAGAUAAAAGAGCAUGAAUGGUUAUUAGAUAUAGAUUGGGAUAUGAUUUUAAAAAAGAAAAUCGAUCCUAUGUGGAGACCCAGGUUAGACUAGAGCAACUUUGACCCAGAGUUUACUUAACUCCCUUUAAACUUUGAUGAAAGCAAAUUCAAACGAGCACUCCAAGGAGACAGAGAAUUUUCCUUCUACUAUGAGAGUCCUCUAUAAUCACUAACUGUUACUGAGCAUUCUAUUUACGCUUCAAAUCCUGAUUUAGGAAAUACCACGAAUGCUGAAAUAUUAUUAUAAAGUGGAUCCUCGAAAUAACUCUUGGAGCAUUUUUUUCAAUCAUCAAUUUCACCGACCUAUAAGGAGCGUUAAUAAACGAUAAUGUUGACAUCCAAAGAUUUUGAAGAAAUCUUUCAGCAGUAACAAAUGAAAUUGUAGAUGAAUCUUGAAUUGGCAAUGAGAAUCAAUGAAAACCUAGUAAGAGACGAUAGCAAAAUAAAUUUGGAAUAUAAUGAGGAAGACGGGUAUACAAACUUUAGAGGCUUUUCUUUUAUUGGUGAAUCAUAAGAUGAGCAAAACGUUAAGACUCAGCUUAUCAAGUAUAAUAAACUAAGAAACAACUUAAACAAGCGUUUAAGGAAGAUUCUUGAUGAGGAAGGGGUAAUUAAGACUAGUGAUAUAAAAGAUAUUACCCUCAGCUCCCCCAGCAGCAGUUUAAGUUUAGGAACAGCAACUAUACUUCCAACACCACCACUGCAAGAGGAUUCCUCAAGUUGUCGUAAUUCCAAUCCUAGUGGCUAUUAGUUUAAAGGAACUUAAGGUAGUAAUCACAAUAACUUAAAUGAAUAGAGUUUUAUGACAAGUGGAUCUCCAUUACCAAUAUUCAAUCAAAUUAAAAAUCAAGCCAUUAUUGAUAAAAAGUAAAAACAAUAAAUGAUAUUCGCUAAAUUAAGUGAAACUAGCAGUGACAGAGGUAUGUUUAAAUCAUUCUAGCCUCCUUCAUCUGAAGUAACAAAGAUGAACUCCUUAGUUAGUGGAGUAGGCUCAGGCAAAAAGAAGAAGGGUAAUCUAUUUAGAAGUAACGUCGAACCUGGAAACAACAGCAGUAGUGGUGGAGGCCAAACUGGACUACUCUAUGGAUAUACUUAAAACCUUCAGCUUUCUCAUAAAGACUAUCUCAAUGACUCCAUCAAAUCCUCAUCACAUGAUGAUGAAUCUGUAGCAGAGGGGAGAGAGUCAUUUGCCACGAUUCAUUAGACAGUUGCUAUUACUCAUCAAAGUAAUCAGACUUUGGAGAAUGAAUUUUCAAAGAAUAAAUAUAGUUCAGCAUUUGAUAAUAAUGAGGAAUAGAAAUAUGGGGAAGAGCAUCAUAACAUAUUUGACCCGGAAAUAAUUCAAAACUAGGAGUACUACUUAAAUCAUAGAGAUGAAGAGUCUAAGGAGCAAAGUCCUAUGGAUACAUUUGCUGCAGAUAGUAGGUAGAACAGUUCCUAGCUAAAAAAUGUCAAAUUCAUCUUAUUCCAAAGUCAAAAUGUAAUUAAAAAGAAGAACACAGAUAAACAGCAGAAUAAAGGAUUUACUUCUCAGAAUAAACAACAAAAAACGCCUAAGUUAAUAGUAACUUAGAGAUCAAGAAUGGCAAAUAACAAGGAUGACUACUUUCCUCAGAGCAAUCAAUAUUCAUCAUUGUCUAGCAGUGCCAAUAAUUCAAGAAUCUAGCCUGGAAAUAUCAGUGGAGGACAAGUGGCUGGUGGAGUGCUGAAUCAUCAAAAUAUAUCUAAUAGCUCCUAUUAAGGUAUAUCUAAUUCUAGAGAUAACUAAACAUCAACUGACCAAAAAAGUAGUACUUUAGAAAAAACAAUGGAAAAUGUUAGUACUAAGUACACAUUCGAUCAUUAGUCACAGAAGAGUGGCUAGCAAGCUAAUAGUUAGACUAAGAAGGCGUAUGAAGAUGAGAACCAGAGUGAUAGGCAAAAUUAAAAUGAAGAUGGUUCGAUAGAUUUAGAUAAAACAGCUAAUAUUAUUAAUCUCUAACAGCUUGAAAGGUUAAACUAUCAGCAAAAUUCUUAGUAAAAGGAUUCAAUUAGAUAAAUCAAGAUUUCACCUAGGAAGAAGCUAAAGGAAGCUCCACAGUUGCUUGCUAACACGAAUCUAUAAGGUGGAAUAGGCAUUGGCAUAGGUUCUGUAAGGACGACUUUGUAAAUGAAACCAUCACUUGAAAUUGACAUUGAAGAAUCACCCACUCUAGAUAGAAAGGCAAGAUUUGGUGGAGGGAAUAUUGCAUAGAGCUCACAGUAACUCCUAUCUGAGAAACUAGCAGAGAGUUUGGAGCUUGAUCAUUAGUUAUCUCUUGAAGAUAGCGAAAAGAGCAAAAGAAUAGUGUAUAAUAACUUAAUCAAGAAUGAUAAUGAAGAGCUGGGUAUUUAAGCAAUGGGAAAGAAGCAGCCUUUGACUGUUAGGCAUGCUGCUUACUUGGCUAAUAGUGUAUUUAGCUUUGACUUGAUGGCGACUGAUGAAGAGCCAGAUGAUGAUGACCCAAAUCAAUAAUAAAAUGUGAUAGUUGGAGUUACAAGCAGCAGAAGCACUAAGAAUAAGAACAGUCAGCAUUAUAUGGGCUUCUAAUUCGGGCAAAAGAACUCUAUGAGUUUACUUAAUAAAAAUGUGCUCUAACACAAGAAGAAGAUCUCUGCAGACUUUACCGAGAGCAAUGAGCUUUACUCUUCAAUAAAAGACAAGAUCCAGGGAGAUGUAGAAUCAAGCUUGAAAUAGAAGUUUAUGUCGAAAAAAGAAUCAAACUACUCAAUUGGUGGAACAGUAGCUAAGAAUACUCCUACUAAUCAAAGCUAAAAGAUAAUGAUACCUUCACCAAGCAACUCAAGAACAAAAAAGAAGAGCAUCCAGCUUUUCGAUGAGGGUCCUAUGAUGGAGGAAGUUGAAUCGGAGAUGACAAUGCAAACUUAGAAUUCUCAAAAUAGCAAAAAAGAGACAUCUAAAUCUAAGACAGUUUAAAAGAAAAAUCUGAUGGGUGGAUUUAAAAUGCCUAGUCUGAAGAAGGGAACAUUAGGUACCUCGUCAACUGUCGGAUUUUCAAGACCCACCUAGAUAGAUGCCAACUAGCCAUUACAGUCUAACCAGUUGCUUCCACCAUCGAGGCAAAUCAAGCAAAGUAAUAAACCACCUCUGAAUAUGAAUAGUAGUUUGAAGCUGAACACUGAUUUGCUUUACACAACUACAUCUAGCAUGAUAGGCAAGAGAAUUGCUAACAACCAAGCCAAUUCAAACAUAAAUGCAACUUCUAGCAAUGUGAACAAUACAAAGUUAUCAUAGACAAGCGGCAAUGGAACCCCAUAAGGUCCUAAGACUUCAACUUAGAAAGUUCCAAUAGUGGCAGCCCAGUCUAAUUCAGCCAAGAAUUCAACCUCUAAUAAAUUUACUUUUCCUGUCGGAGGUGGUAACUCUCUUGAUAAUAUGAGCAGUUCGCCUUCUAAAAAGAUAAUCUCACAAAAGUCAUAAAUGGGAAAUUUUUCAAAACAAAUAAAAACCUUAAAGCAAACUAUAAGCACAUCUAACAAUAAUAGCAACUCUCAAUAAAUUGCAGAUGAAUAGUAGCAAUAACUAGGGGAGAUAUAGAAAUCUUACACUGAAAAAAUAGGUGGAACUUCAAAUGAGAUACCUCUGAUAUAACUCAACAUUAUGUCCCUAUAGCCAGGGGAUUCCUCAGGUAUUGCUGGUGGCUCAGUUAGUUCUACAAAGAAUUUCGAUUUUAACACCCUGAGUGGUAAAUCCAAGCCACCAAAAACCUCUAAAAAUGUUUAAAAUUCCUAAGGUAAAGGAUUUUUCUAAUGA